AUGUGGACCGAAGCAUUCACACAAUGCCAGCGGGUGGCCUCCAAGGGUCCUCGCUCAUUGUUUGAAGGAGCUGCCAAACUGCCCCGCCAGGUGGCCGUCACUAUUCCACCACACUCAGAGAUGGUGGUUUGGACCUGCGUAACUAAUAAUGCGCCGGGGAAUCCAUGUACGGUGCUGGUGGAACCCCUACCUGGUAGUGAUAAUGAGUGGUGUAUUGGGCGCACUCUGGCCACCUUAAGUGGAGGCAGAGUCCCCUGUCGAGUAUGCAACCCAAAUCCCUAUCCUGUGGAGGUCCCCCAACGGGUACCCCUAGCCCGGGUUACAGAGGUGGAAACUGAUGACAUUCAAGGGGAACAGGAACUAGUUUUCAGCCAGGUGGAGCCUGAUGUGGUAGAAGUAGCGGGGGAUGGCCUUACGGAGGAACAGCAGCAACAAAUGAACAAUCUACUUCGGAAAUGGAGCGGCAUCUUCUCCCAGCAUGAGGACGAUUUCGGUCGCACCAACAUAAGCCGGCCCUCAAGGGACGCGGAAACUGAAGCAGAGCUUGAGACGAGACUCGACAGCAGGGACACGCAGAAGGGACACGCAGGACACUCGAGGAGCGGCCCCAGGAGCAGCCCCUGUACCAGCCCCGGUACCAGCCCGGAGCGGCACCAGGAUCAGCGCAGAACAGACGAGACGGGUCGCGAGUCUUCUGUGGCGGACGGACGCGGUGCAGCAGGAGCGGCCCAGGGAUUUACAGGACGCCAGGGUUCGAGACGCACAUCCAAUCUGCGCGCGCGCACUAUCGGAGCCCACCAGGAGUGUGGAGAAAAGGCCAGCACCAAGCUAAGUAAAGGGACGUCUGCAGCCUCUCACUGUCGUUGGGGGAAUUUGCAGUGUGUGUGCAGUGUGGUGUUUUUAAGUGUGAUUUCCCCUGUCCCCCCCAACCAGUGUGACCGAGGCUCGGACAGACGUAGGCAGACGCGCGCUCUGGGAGUGCGGGCAGACUGGUACGCGGAGCCAGCUCGGCCUGGAUCAGCAGCGGACCAGACCAGCCCGGGGUGGCUAGACUGCGCACGCCAGAUAAGUAAAAGGGACGCUUCCCCACUUACUCUGCUACUCCUGUGCCCUGUGUGUUUUGUCGUACCUGGCUGGCAUUGA